GGGAAAAGAGGCGUGGUCACUAUUUGGCAGCGACGUCGGUUCUCUCUAAGCAACGACCUGCGAUCGAGGAGCCGCUCGGAGCGAAAACAGGAACGACACUCUGCUCUAUGUGCGAUGUUCCCGAACACAUUCGUGUAGCGAAUGCUUUGAUUUGAUCGAACUUAACGUCUCUCCAGACGUCUGCCACCAAAAACACCAAACAAGAAAUUAAUGCAUCAAGCGUCGCGUUCCUGUCUGUUUUGACCUGUGUGGCUAGAAGGGAAUCCUGCUAGAGGGAUUUGCGGUCUGUCAAUGAGGAACUACCGGCUCAUCUUCUGCCACAACCUGAAGCAGCCAUAGAUGGUUCAGUGGUUCACUGGCUAGGGGAGGAGCGGAUAAAACACACUUUCACUGCUACACGACGUGAGGUCUUGGCGGGGUUGUGGUGAGGAGGCGGCCAUGAGGAAGAGCGUGUCUCUGUUGCCAGGCAACGAGGGCGGGAGCUCAGCCAGCACCACACGGGUAUUUGGUGUUCCAUUGGAAGAGGUGACACGCACGCACACAAUCAGUGGCCACGAGGUUCCUGCACUUGUGAAACACAUCGUUGACUACAUUGAAGAGCACGGUUGUCUGGACUUGGAGGGGCUGUUCCUGGUUAAUGGCAAUGCAGAGCGUGUAGACUGGCUGCGACAGCGUUACGACAGCGGUGAGGAGGUGGAGCUAGAAAAGGAGGCAGACUUGGCAUCAGCAGUCAGCUUACUCCGAUUGUUCCUGCAGGAGCUCCCUGAGCCUGUUAUUCCUACAGCCAUCCAACGACACAUAUUGCAGCUACACCAAGAUUAUAGUACUGAAGAAGAGCUGUGCAGAAACCUGAAAUACCUGCUGCAACAGCUUCCUCAGCUGAACUACGGCCUGCUGCGUUUCUUGUGCCGCUUCCUGUCCAGCGUGGCAUCACUUCAGCAGGAGAACUGGAACAUUGGGGCGCUGGCCGCCGUCUUCGGACCAGACAUCUUCCACUUAUCAACAGAAGCUGAGGACCUACGAGACCAAGAAUCUGUCAGUAGAAUAUUGGCAGAGUUGUUGGACAACCAGGAGGGCCUAUUUGACUCUGAGGACGAUGACGUCUCCACUACAAAUGACUACAGCUCCAUCAAUGAACAGAUCACGGAGCUGUUGGAUGAUGAGAAAUGUGAGGCAGAAUGUGAAGAGCUGCCCCAGGAUGGAGAGGAAGCUCCAAUUUCCUCCAACUCACCACAGCUGACAUGCACUGAAGACAGUCCCACCGCUAGCUCACACCUCUCCCCCAUAUCCAUACUGCCUGCAGAGUCUGCUGAGAUACUUCAGAGAUCCAUCAGGGCUGCAGUAGAACACCACCUCUUUGAGCUGAAGUCUUCCAUCGACCAAGGCCUCAGCAACUAUGACAGCCAGAGGGUGGAUCCCAGCAAUUCUGCGGGCCGGACUCGUUAUGGGGACGAGGAUCAACAUACGACUCUCGAGGACAGUCCCUGCUACCCGGGCGCAGAGACCCCAGUGAAACACUCGGAGUGUCCUAACGACCACAGACAAAACAACAUACAGGACUCUGCAGGUUCUGGUUCCCCUUCAGAGGAGACAUCAGGAAUGGACCUGGAUACAGAAACCAUCACAGAUGCUGAUAACAAUGUUAAAACUGCGAGGACCUGUGACAUCAUGGAGCAGACAGACACUAUAGAAUGUGAUUUGGAAACGUUACCAUGUGAUCAGAAUGCCAACACCAGCGAGACCAACAGAAACCAUCUGUCACCAUGCCAACCACAACUACCAAACACUGGCCACACCCUCCAGCUCUUCCCUGAUGAUCAGUGGGAAGCGUCACCCCCUUCACAUCUCCACCUCCCCCCCAUAGACUUCUCAUGUAUGCAUCUGCAAAAAGAAGGCCAAGAUCCCGUGCCAGCCUACAAAUCAUGGCAGGAUGACAGUGACGAGGCACAGCUCUCUCCACUAGCUGGGCGCAUGCUCCCCCUGCCCCUACUCCCCCUAGAGGAGGAAAUCGAUAACAGUGUGGGUGAGGAAGGGCGGGACACCUCCCCCUCUUCCUCCCGCACCCACCCUCACCACCUGGCACGACGCUUCCUUGACUUUGGUGCACACAGCGCCCAGCGCUUCCUCCAGGAGGACCCGGACAUCACCUCGCCCACCAAGGCACAGAAGCCACGCCGCGCGUCAUUUGGCUCUAAAGAGGCAGUGAAAGGCGGAGAUUCAGUUAUUCACCAACUCACCAAGAAACUACAGCACCUGAAAAAGAAAAUUAAACAGUUUGAGGAGCAAUUUGAAAAGGAGAGAAACUACAAGCCCUCACAUGCAGAAAAGGCUGCGAACCCCAAAGUCUUGAAAUGGAUGGCAGACCUCACAAAACUCCGUAGGCAGAUUAAAGGACGGCAGCAUCACCUUUUACCCAGAAGCACGCUGAGGCACCAGGCUUUGCUCCAUUCAUACAGACGUCACCAUGCUUCCUACUUCCCCUUCUCCUCCUCAAUCUCCUCGCCCUCCCAUCACACACUCACCCCCUCGCUGCACACCUACUCAGGCUUCUGCCCUAGACCGUGUCACCUCAAUGCCAAACACCGUGCAGAGAGCGAGCUUGGCCCACACACUCGUCCACGGAGCAACACUUUACCCAGAAGUUUCGGUUCCACGCUUGACCAAGGUGCCUCUGAUGCAGCAUAUGAAAUCAAAGGUCAACAUCCAACAAGAGAAGAAACACUAGACCUAAUCCAUCGCAGGGUCAAAGGCAAGAGGCAGGAGGACGGUUGGCCUGAAGACAUCAAGAAGAUGACCAAGGAGCAGCUUUCCUGUGAGAAGACAGUCCUUCAGAAAAACCUGCUGCACUAUGAAGGCCUGCACGGUCAACCUGUGAGCAGAGAGGAACAUCUGGUGGUGAAGCCGCUCUACGAUCGAUACCGAUUGGUCAAACAGAUGCUUACCAGAGGCGCCAUUGCACCAGUCACAGCGUCGCCCUCCAGUAAGAGGCGGAGUCAGAUCCUUCAGCCAAUCAUUGAGGGGGAAACUGCCCAUUUCUGGGAAGAGAAAGAAGAGGAGGAUGAUGGAGGCAAAGGGGAAGAAGGAAAGAAUGACCCUGAGGAGGAGAGGGAUGACGAAGAAGAUGACGAUGAAGAGGAGGAGGAGGAAGGGGAGAGCAGCGGCGGGGAGAUGCAGAGUUCAGAGGUCAUCAUGGUCGACGAGACUGAUGGGUCAUUGAGCAGCCUGAACCGACUCGGUGAACACAGCGAGACAGGAGGUCCAGUGACCGCCCAGGUGGAGGAGGGGUCAGGGAAACUGGCCCUGGAUCUGCGUCUGUCCAGUUCCAACGCUUCCUCCAUGCCUGAGUUGUUAGAACAGCUGUGGAAGGCCAGAGCAGAGAAGAAGAAAAUGAGGAAGACUAUCCGCGCAUUUGAGGAGGAUUUCUAUCAACGUAACGGCAGAAACGUCCAGAAGGAGGACCGUGUGCCAAUGAUGGAGGAGUACCGGGAGUACAAGAGGAUCAAAGCCAAACUCCGCCUCCUAGAAGUCCUCAUCAGCAAACAGGAUUCCUCUAAAUCAAUCUAGACCUCUUCACAUAUCAGCUGUCAGGACACGCCCACCCAGGAAGUCCUUUAGCUCAUCUGCAUAUUAGGGGGUGUUUCAGAAAAUCAAAGACCAUGUGAACGCUGCAUUUAUGUCAUGGGAUUUUAAAACCUGUUUACUGACGUUUUAACUCUGAACAUCCAAACUUCCAUGUGCGUGCAUGAUGCCAUAGCGGCUGCAGGUAGCACCAGUGUUAAGACAAUAAUCUUUUAACGUUGCUGAGGUUUAAACGGUUAAAUAAACAAGACAGUGCUUUUUUCCAUCAAAACCUUGCAUCAACACAUUUUUUUUUUUAAAUCUGUUAUUGCACUAAUUUAAUAAUUUAGAUUGAAACACAAACAACUGUGGUGAAGAAAUUUUAAAUUCCAUUAAUAAAUUGGUCAAAAA